GUCGGGGCUGUCCGAGGGCAAGGGAAAGACGAGUCAAAGGUGGAAGAUGACCCGAAGGGCAAGGAGGAGAGCUUCUCUCUGGAGAGCGAUGUGGACUACAGCUCAGAUGACAAUUUGCCUGGCCAGCCUGCUCACAAGGAAGAAGACCCGGGCCACACGCUGGAGGAGACCCCGCAGAGCGGCGCUGCAGCGGGCAGCACCACGUCCACGGGCAAGAACCGGCGGCGGCGGACUGCCUUCACCAGCGAGCAGCUGCUGGAGCUGGAGAAAGAAUUCCACUGCAAAAAGUACCUCUCCCUGACCGAGCGCUCGCAGAUCGCCCACGCCCUCAAACUCAGCGAGGUGCAGGUAAAAAUCUGGUUCCAGAACCGUCGGGCCAAAUGGAAACGUGUCAAGGCAGGCAACGCCAAUUCCAAGACGGGGGAGCCCUCCCGGAACCCCAAGAUCGUCGUCCCCAUCCCUGUCCACGUCAGCAGGUUCGCCAUUCGGAGUCAACAUCAGCAGCUGGAGCAGGCCCGACCCUAACGGCCCAGCCAGGUGGACCCCACCGUGGAGAGGCCCUGAGGCCUGCCUGAAGGAACCCGUGGCCGACUCCACUGUUUGUAGGGGAACUCGAAGGCGCCUCCCAGAUGUGGGCAUCCCAAGCAGAUUGAGAGUAUAUUCACUAGACGGGCCUGAAGGGGGCUAUGGCCACACCAGAAGAUACACUAAAUAUUUAUUAUGCGACCCUCCUCUGUAUAUAGAUAUCUAUAUAGACUGGACCUCAGCUGCAGUAUUUUGAAGGGGGUAGGACCGAACACCUCCUCACACAGUCCAGACGAGUCAAAACCACCACUGUCCUCUGUCGCCCUCAGCGAUCACCUUCCCAUACUUUCCCAAAGGUAACCGGGAGACACAGGGACAACACUGGGGCUUAAUCUUAUUUUCUGUCUGUCUGUUUGUUUGUUUCUGCUCUGGCUUUUUGAGUUGAGCACAGAGCAGAUGCUUUCGGGCAGUCUAGGAAUCUGCUCUGCUCCUUUGCCUUUGCCUGGCUUUCUUUCCGGGGCUUGUAUAUGCUAUCUGAGCCAUGUCGGAAGCACGUCUCCGUUGUGUUUAAUUUAUUUCAAUGUAGCUUAUUUUCAUAUAAGUUAUGACAUUUAAACAAUCUCAGUCUUGUGAAUAAAAAAAAAAAAAAA